GAUCCUGCAGACAUCCUGAAAGACAGUCCUCAAACAUGGUUCAACCACCCAGGCAGGAUAUGCCUCCUUCGGGAGGCUUUGAGGCGAUCCGAUACAAGCGAAGCUUGCCCAUCAGAGGACCCGGUGGAGCUGCCAUCUUUGGAGGUAUCACGGCUAUCUGCGCAUACGGAUUCUACUUGGUUGGGAAGGGCAACUUGGAGAGGAGAGAACUCAAGCGAGAGUCGGCUUGGUCGAGGAUCCACCUCGUCCCCCUCAUCCUCGCCGAACAAGACCGAGAUGCCUACCGAAGGAACACCGCUUCGCUCGCCAGAGAAAAGGAGAUCAUGAAGGAUGUACCGGAUUGGGAGGUCGGAAAGAAGGUCUACAACACUUCCCGGUACACCCAGCCCAACAUCGUGGUCCUGUAAAACAUACAAACAACAUUUAUUCUAUCGCGCGAUCGAGCUUUUCACAAUCAUGCGUAUUCAACAACUUGGAACGCAGGUCACAGACUCGAAGAGCGAUUGAAAGUGUGAAGACCGGUCGUAAUGCUCGUAUCGAUACAGGACGCUGUCAAAGACUGCUACAAUACAUGUUUGUAUCCAAAGGGCAACUAUCCGGCAAAAAUCAAUCAGCUCACUCAGCAGUUCCUCUGUGUUGAGAAUGAUCCGGACCCACCAUUAUCCCUCGUUGGCCCUCUCG